GAAACAAUAACAACAGUUUCCAUUAAUGAGGAAGAUGCUAAACUUUGGCUUUUGCCGUUGUCGUUCAGAUUACAAGAAUUUGCAGAUUGUUUGGUGAGAGCGCUUUCUAGAUUCUUGGAUUUGUUAUAUAUAUCGUUGAUUUUAUAGAGCCUUUCCACAUGACGUCACGUCCCUUGUUGGUGUCCCACGUUGUCCCAUAUUGGUGUCUCAAAACACUGAAACGGCGGUCAUGUCGGUUUCACAAAGAAAUUCUGUGGAAUUGAGCUCUAUUGUUACUUGCUCUGCUAUGCAGGAAGGAGAAACCUUUCGUUGAGUGUAGAUUUCAAUUUGCCGUUACUUUAUAUAUUCAAUUAGCAUUUGGGACUGCAUGCCUAUUACACCUUUAUCUCCCGCGAAAAUUGAAGACAUCAUUUUUCCAUCAAAAAAAUGGAAUAAAAGGACUUAGGUCGGGUUUUAUUUUUACUUAGUUUUCUGUUUAUUCAUGGUACUAGUAAUCGUUAAUAUACAUUAGUGUUGCAGAAUUGCUGCACAAAGAGAAACCUUUUUAGUCAAAAUCCUCAUUGAAAAUUUUAAUUUGCCUUUACUUUACAAUCAUCUGGGGCUGCCUAUUGCUACAGCUUUGCCUCUCGCGUAACUUUAAGACACCUCAGAUUUAGAGAUUUCUUUAUUUUAGCUUAUAGCUUUAUUUUAUUUGUGGUACUAGCAAUUCUUAAUAAACCCUAGUGUUGCAGUAUUACUUAUUUCGUGUAAAGUUAUACAUGGUGCAAUCGAUCGUAAAGGACAAGACAUUUCCCAGGACCCCCUACUGUGUUUGAAAUCGUCCACUGAAUACAUUUCUUUACCGCGUCAUAUGAAAGCCUAAGAUUCAAUAAUUGUUUUCGCAUAAAAGGGGACAUACUGGCAAGGUUUGAUUGAACUUGCCCUAAGAAGCUACAAGGUUAUCCUUAUUUUAUUUAUUACAACCGUUUCAGGUAUUUCCUACUUUUGUUUAAUAUUAGCUAGAGCAACCCUGGGUUGGCGGUAUUGUAUUUCUGGCACUCAUCCUUCCCUCUGCCCCCCAGACACCCUGCUAUGCUUCAUUGACAAACUGUAUGACACAAUUAAAUUUAGUACGACUGGUAUUGAAAAGAUCUUUAGAAGUUUCCGGCGCGGAGCCUAUUUUUAAUUAUGAAUGUCCUCAAGUUUCCAGAAUCUUAAUCUUAAGGUGCAAAUUAACAGAUGAUAUCAAUUCGUGGACCUCUUACGUAGUUUGUUUUACCUACAAACUCACUUUUUUCGCCUUUAAUGUUGUUAAAUCGAGGUGUAGAUUUGUACGUUUGUUCUACAUUACAUAGCAAACCGAGACGCCAUUCAGCGAACUAGCAAAGGGAAUGUUUGUUUUGUGCCUUCUCGCCCCAAGGCAACGCUCUAUAGACCAAACAUCGUAUGGGAGAUGGGCACAUGUAGCAACACUCUUAUUUUGUCUUUAACGAAAGUUGCAAGAUCCUCAGAUACAAGGAUUAUUCCAUUAGUGUGCGUCAAUUACUAUCGCGGCAAACCUCAAAUUAUAAUAAGAAAACAAACACAUUUGCGAUGUGCCAUAAGGCCCUAUUCUCUCUGCAUUUCUUAUGAUGUCGUAAUUAUCGGAAAAAGGACUUUUUUUCUCUUUCUCUAUCUCUCUCGUUUAUUCCUUUAUUACAUCUUAAAAGCGACAGGUAGCGUCUCAGUUUUCCAUCUAUAAUUGAACCCCAACCGAAGCUGGUUUGUUCCCUCUAAGAUACCGCAAGAAUUGGCGCCGUUUCUUGUGGUCUGUCUCUCGGUGUGUCAGGUCAGAUUUAAAUAAUUUUUAGACAAAGAUGAAUUCAAACACUGCAAUUUUAAAGACGGUUGCCCGCGGAGAAAGUUUUAAAAUAGCUCAGCUCGACGAAUUGAAAACAUUGGCAAAUUCAACCAUGUAGCUGUUCCCAAGGUUAUUUGCGUCGCCUUUCUUUCAAGCGGUACACUAAUUAGUUUUUUCAUGGCACCCCACAAAGUAUUUCUAAAGGUAUACACUGCAACGAAAAUUACAAAACUUUGCCGCCGGCGAAGCGAGUCAUCAUCACAGCACAUACCUGUUUACAAAUGCAUAAGUGGUAUCAAUGUCCGUUACGGGAAAGCCCUUCCCUGCGGGUGUUAAAAAGUUGACGAGGCAAUAUAACUUCCCUUUAGGAUGAAAUAUAAAAAUAUCUUAGCGCUAAAUUUCNAAUUGGCGCCGUUUCUUGUGGUCUGUCUCUCGGUGUGUCAGGUCAGAUUUAAAUAAUUUUUAGACAAAGAUGAAUUCAAACACUGCAAUUUUAAAGACGGUUGCCUGCGGAGAAAGUUUUAAAAUAGCUCAGCUCGACGAAUUGAAAACGUUGGCAAAUUCAACCAUGUAGCUGUUCCCAAGGUUAUUUGCGUCGCCUUUCUUUCAAGCGGUACACUAAUUAGUUUUUUCAUGGCACCCCACAAAGUAUUUCUAAAGGUAUACACUGCAACGAAAAUUACAAAACUUUGCCGCCGGCGAAGCGAGUCAUCAUCACAGCACAUACCUGUUUACAAAUGCAUAAGUGGUAUCAAUGUCCGUUACGGGAAAGCCCUUCCCUGCGGGUGUUAAAAAGUUGACGAGGCAAUAUAACUUCCCUUUAGGAUGAAAUAUAAAAAUAUCUUAGCGCUAAAUUUCAUCAGACAUUAUUUCGGCACUCUGGUUUACUCGGGUGUUUCAGAAUGAUGAUUAUGCGAAUUUGCCCAUUGCAGCAUGCGAAACUCUGGAUUUCUUUACUGUCAGAUACGUUUAGCUCUGUGGAAUUUUUCAUCCUUAUCUGUCUUUUUCACUAGAGAUUAAACAUAUCUUUAAGAUAUUAGCAACGGCAAAUUGCUUCAUGCUGAAAGAAAUUUCAACGGGGUGUUUCUUCAAUUCUGCUCUUCCCUCGUGUCCCCAAAUUUAUGUAAUUGUUCAUCCGAGUUUUAAAAUAUAUUAUUUCGCUAGACCUUGCAGAAUUCUUAGUAACGUCGGACAGCGCAACUCCUACUAUGUUUUGUCGUCAGUAUUUUUACGCGAAGCUUUCCUAAGAAAGAUGAUGUAUUAGUCAACGUUUUUAAUAAAUGAAAGUCUAAGAUCCCUCAUUACCACAUAAGCUGUUGCAUGUAAGUAGAUUUUAAGGUUUAAAGCCUUUACUCCUUAAACCUCUUCACUGCUUCUUGGCUUCGUUUACCUACUCACUGAAGCGUUAGUACUAACCGAAACGCAUGUUGACCCGGACAAACACCUAUUACGUUAAAUGCUGUAAUAAAGAAAUGACAUUCAAGCGCCAAUUCACUCAUUUUCAAAACUACCCAAAAUAUUUUGCCCGGAGUAACUUUGUUUAUAUUUCUCUAUGUAAACAAUCUCGUUCCAGUUAAGGGGUUCUGCGUCCGGUGCGGAUGAAUUGUACUUUUUGCUAAUUCAAAAUUACUAGGUUUUUGGUUUAAUGGCCGAUUAAUCUAGCCAUUUUGAUUGUCUGUUUACCUCUUCAGUUGACAUCGCUGGUGUAGAUUAUACUCCCUGUCAUAAUAUUUACAUUGAGAAUAUAUCCGCGGAAGCCCGAUGUUGACCUGUAUGCAGUUGAUCAAUCACAAUAAUACACGCAAAUUCCAAAUAAACAGUGUUUUGACAAGUCUGUCUUCUUGACCGUGUUAUUUUGCUAAGUGUUAUCAAAACAAGAUGUUCAAAUUAGAAUAUUAAUUCUGACUGCCUUUACAAAUGUCGUAGUUACGCUACCGCAACGUAAAUGCGAUUUAACGACGAAGUCUACCAUACGGUGGGAAUAUUAACCGUUUAUUCUGCAUGAGAAUUGUCUGAUGUGUUUCGUUCUAGUAGUUUUUGGAGAAUAGUCUAGGUUUCGGAAGGCGGCAUUUUCACAUUACAAGCAGCCGUUUUGGCGAUGAAAUUUUUGACGCUUGCGGAUCAACUCAACAUGACACUAAAGCGUCGGUAAUACAGACAACCAAAACGUGCACUUUGUUUUCAACUUACAUUGCUGCAAAACGAGUUAAAAGGCUAAGUUGCGCGUGUUACUUCCCUCUUUCAAAGCUGUUAAAAUCUUUAUUUGUUAGAGGACAGGUUUGAUGUGGUUGGUAAAACUCGCAAUAUCGCUAUUCAACUCUUGCAAGACAAGUUGCAUGCUUUUUGUUGCCAAUUCUAUCGUACCUUUAGAAAACUUACUGCUGAAAAAUACUCCGAUUUUGAGGAUCAUUACCCACUUAAUCUACAUCUACCUAACACAAAUAGCUCAUUGCUGCCUGCAUUGCGGCGCUACGUACACGCCGGUACGUACACCUUCACUUACACAGUCAAGCCCUGCUUUACGAACACCCGCUUAAUACGGACACCCCGUUGAUACAAACACUUUGUAUGACCCCCUCAGUGUCCGUAUAAACGGCUUUUGACUGUAUCUCAUUACUCUUUGGGCGUUUUUCUGUCUCCCACAUUAACAAAGCAAAACAUUCCUGAUCAGGAUGGUUGGUUUAAUACCGAAUACAGCUGGCCCCACGCUAUUAUAGAACGUACAAUGUAGGUGGGGAAGUUAAAAUGACCAACUUCUUCAGGAUAAAACGGGAUAGAAAGAAUUAUUUACCGAUGAAUAUAUAUUGGGGAGGCAUAUUUAAUAUUACUAAAAUUAACGACAAUGCAAGCUUAAGGAAAAGAGGUAGUUUCUGUAGGUGAACACUGAUCACGUACCAUAUAUGUAUGUCUAUGCUCUGAGUAACUAUAUCAUCAUGUUGUACUUAACCUUUGCUCGAUCUGUUUUUGUUUAGUUUUAUCACGAACAAUCAUUUUACAGCCCCUAAUGUACCAUGUAAAUUGAAGAUUAUAAACUGAAGAGUUUAGAUGGCACUGAGCUUUGAGAUGAAAAUAGUCCAGGCAAAGGCAUGGCAGCUUUUUCCAAACAAGUCAAUCCAAGCAAACGCUACUGCGAUGAUUUCUGUCCUGCAAUUAGUCGAAAGUCAAAUAUUUGUAGUUGACAAUUUAUCGCAAUUCAGGAGAACAGUGGAGGCUCAGCGCAUCCUAGUAUAUCUGCAGUUACAACAGGGUAAAUUGCCUUGUCAAAGUACAGAAGAAUUUUCUAAAAAUCUUAGACCAAAGAUAGAAAUCAAUAUGCUCCCUUAGGUAGUUUUCCAUUCAAACACAUUGAUUUUUUGAAGCAUAUGCUUCUGCAAUUUCGCACCCAGUGCGGCAUGAAAGGUGUUUGGGUUACUUAAAACAAAUAGUAGCAACUUGAAAGACAUGUUUACAUCUUGCUAUUUUGUGUACAUUUGGGAAAAGAUUCAAAUUAAUGUUCCAAUAAUUUGAUAAAACAGUACAACUUGAAGCUUCCUACCUUCAGAACAAAUGAGUUUAAGGUAUCACAUUGGCCUCUAUGGCAGUUUUCCUCAGGAGCUUUUAUCAAGUACGCCACUGACGUCGUUCAGGAUGUAUUUUUGCAGCAUUUUGGCGAAACCUCGCCCAAGUGCUUUCUUCACAACCUUUCAUGGGCUAUAAUUCCCUAUUUUCACAUGCACUAUAUUGAAACUUUCAUCUGAACUCUUCAAGAAGACACACUUUCAACCAGGUACAAAAGACAAGUUUAUCGUCGUUAUUUGUAUGUAUUAAUAUAUAACUUUAGAUCGGCACUGGACAGAUCAGGUGCCUUUGGAACGUGAAAUACGGUCAAAUACAAGCUAUUAAGCAGUAAUUUCUAAUAUCUAACGCAAUUUGUAAUGAUUGUGAUAUAGUGCAAUGAACUAUUUUCGAAACAAUCUGUUCCAAAACAAGCUAGAUGUACCAUAUAAAAUAACUGUGCAGAAAGACUUGAUUUAGAAACACGGGUGUCACAGUAGAUAAAGCCUGUCAGUAUUAACCAGGGGAAGGGGCUUUGUGAAGGUUGUGAUUGCCACAAGAGCAGGGGUUUGUAAUGCUAUCUUUGUGAUUUAUCUUCAUAUUCCCGCGCUUAUCUCAAUGAAAUUGUCCGUUAUUCACCUUGACUUUGCUGUUAACGUCUUUACUCCCUGCAGUGCGCAAAUUGAAGAAAAAAAAUCUAAAAAUUUAUUUUAAUUCAUUUUAGUUUUUAAGGGUAAAAAAGAAAGUAUACAGGUAGUUCGUUUUCCAAAGGGUUUCUUACAGCUUUCGUUUAGGGAGUUUCAUCCGUAUCAGUCUUCAAUCCGUGAGUUUGAAAUAAAAAAAAGUACUACCCACAGGGUUUGGUUGUAGAAUUGAAAGAGAGUUUUCUCUUGUUUUUAGAACGGAGCACAGCUGCAACUCCUAGCGAAAUAUACAAGUGUAAGAGUCGUCUUCUACGAUCAGAAUUACAAGAAUACCGAAUUGUUUAGGUGAUAACUUUUUUGCUGUAAUGUGGUUUGCGUAGUUAUUAAUUAAGCUGUUUUUUUUUGUUUGUUUUUUUUUGCAUAAAAGAAUUCAUCUAUCUCUCUGACGAUGUUGAGUACCAACAAAUUAAUAGCAACACUUUAGAAUAAUUCUGCUACGGUAAAGAAGAUUUUUUAAGCGUAUACGAAACUGUUUUCAAAAAAAACUUUUUUUAUCAUAAAGCAACCGUUAACAUGUCCUGCUUACACCGGAAGAGUAACAAACAACUCCUAUAACCUCAACAAUCAAUAUGUUACUUCAAGCCAAAAAGUUUGAAGUAUUUCAUGGUUUUCCCGCGUUAAAUUGCCUGCUUUUCCAUCCCUCCCUUCAAAGUUGCUAUCGAUUAAAAAUAGCCACGUUCAUAAAAUGCCAUAAUUGAAGUUGGGCGAACGUACCACAAGGAGUUGAAUUUCUCGCUCUUGUUUCAAGUGUAAGAACCGUACAUGCCUGUAUCUUGUUUGGAUCUAACGCUCUACUAGAAACAAGGCGUACUUUAACACUAAGCUUUGUUUUUAAGGCAAUUCUACAAUUUGAGGUAAUACUUUCCACCUGCAGAGCUGCUGGUGUAUUUGAUGCGGUUCUACUCUAGAUAUUCAGGUCUUUGAAGUGACCCAAGGGUGUUACCGCAGAAACAACGUCUCAGAAUGAUUUUUGCUUUGGCCUUCUAAAUUUCAUCCGUUUAAAACCUUCUCUGGUGCCUUUUAAGUCCCGAAAGGCUUUCUUUAAAUUUGUUCGCUUUGAAUAGCAGUAAGAGGAAAAUUACCGAGAAAAUGAAAUUAUUGCCCAGCCUCUUGUAGGAAUUGACGAUAUUUAAAAGUCGUCCCUAUGUAACUUCACUUUUAUGUUCACUCGACAGUCUUGCUCCCCCAAUAAUACAAAAAUCUUGUUUUAUUAUAGUUGUCUUGUUUUCUUGUGGCACGUUCCAAUGAAAGCACGCACCUUUUGCAAGCAAAAGUGAAUCUAUCGUUUGGUGAAUAGCCAACAGUUUUAGACAAACCCUUCGCCAUUAAGUGUUUGUCAAGUUGAGAAAGCGAGAAAUACUCGUUGCGCGAAAUGUCUUUUUAUUUGUAGGAAAAUUUCGUAAGGUAAAGUAAAUUCACUUAGUCUUUAUAUAGCGAUAUUUACUCUUGGAAAAUGUUUAAAAAGUGGCUAUUAUAUUUUUCGUUCUACGACAAUGUCUUAUUCUCUUCAUUUAGAUGCACCUUACGGUUAAUUUUGAAUUGUUUUAAUUUUAAUGUUUGUCCGUUAUACCGUUUCAAAUUAAAUAAAAUUAUUGAAUAAGAGCAUUGUUAAAACGACUCUUGUCGAUACUCCCUCCAGUUUAACUCGGAAACUCCUGUAAGAGGCGAAUUGAGUGUCGCGGCAGAAUUGUAACAAAAUUCUACAAAAAAAAACUGAAAAUUACAUUAUAAUAAGGUAGUGCUUUUUCUUGUUCAGAGUUACUUAACUAUUACCAAAAGCUGGUAUGCUAUGAAAACGAUAUGGUUAUCUGACAUAAACUCCAGUAAAAUCACAGAGUGUUGACUGCUUAACCUCAUAAUUUCUUGUUGUCUCAAUAGCUCACGCCACUCUUUGUUGUAGGUUCGACGAAAUGUGUUUGGACCUUACUAAAUUCAGUCUUCGGCAAAAGGGAAGGCCAUGAGUCCGUUCAUUUAAGCAGACGAUCCGCACUUUUCCUUUUUCUUCAAAAGCGCCGGCGGACUGUUUUGACAUUUUCUGUCCUCUUAAAUAAAAUAAACAGUUGCAUGUAUCAUAAUACUAGGUAUUCGUAACUCCAUUUGAGAUGUAUUCAUUCUAUUAGUUCACACUUUUUGGGGUCGUCCGGAGUGCCUAUAAUGUAUUUUGGCAGUCAGUAUUUUCGGCGAUAAAAUGAGCUAAAUGUUUCAAGCUAACCUCAUUUAAUUUUUUUUUUCCUUUUUUUUAAGUAAAGUUAUGCUUAUAGGUAGGACAUCUUUAAAAAAUCAUCGAAGUUUGUUUUGGAGCUAAUUCACCACACCAAGUUGUCUCUCUUAAUCACAACUGUUGACACAUAUUGUGUAAAUCAAGCUGUGUAAUGAAAACAUUGUAAUAUUAUUGAUGGUUUGAAAUCAUUUUUUACACUUUUCUCGAUAAAUCCAGUGAAGAAAAAAACUCAAAAUACAACUUGUAGUAAUAUUCUUUUAUGUUUCAUUGCUGGCAAAAUUCGAUCAAAUGACAUUUGAGAGUAUACAUCUCAAUAUACCUCGCCAUGGACCAUCUUCUUGUUACAGUCAAGUAAAGUUUAACCCAUUAAAGCUCUUAGGGUAAACACUGUUAGAUCCUUUACUCACUUGAGCUGUUGAACAUGUUUGGUUAACAACGUGGACUAACAUGUGCUGAUUGUGAAAAAGGAGGAAAUGUUACUGAGUCAGUUGUCUUGAGGCCGAGAGCAGAGUCGACCGUUUCUGUUGAUUCUCUUUGGGAUCUUAAGCAACGACGAUGGCGACGUCAACAAGAACGGCAAAAGGAAUAGGUUUAGAUUGGCAAAACAACAACUCUGCACGUGUAUCACGUUUUUUUGUACAUUUCUUUGCCGUCAUUGCACGACUACGACGUGAAAAUGCCAAUUUUCACGUUUUGUGGAGGACGGUGAAAACGAAACAACGAGUUUCUUUUUCUUUUGCUGACCUUCAAUAAAGUCUUUUAGAAUUCAACUCCAGAAAAAAUUGCCAACAUUUGACGAAUUGAACAAGAUGAAAUAAGCGCGAUGAAGUUUGAAGUAGCGCGACCUCACUUUUUAAUUAACGUUUUUGUAGCUGUCGCCGUAGUUGUUGCUUAAGCUCCUUUUUAGCCAACCAGGGAAACUUCUCCCCAAGGCGCUUUGUUCACGGCCGUUGUAGCGUUGAGAAUUUGCACCGUGUCGGUAAAAUCUAAAUCUAUGAAAUUAAACAACGUAAUACCAUGCAAAAAAUUUAUUUUCAUAAUUUUAACAGCUUUUCGCGGUCAUUGUAUAUGAUGAUAGACCCCUGCGUUUUCAAAGGAGGUUUUAAGGAUUUGUAAAACUCGCUGAAUUAAGUGUUUCACUUGGAGACUUGACGAUGCUUCGAAACGAUGAAACUGCUUGCAAAUUAUUUUUUAAUUUACGUGGUAAAUACUUUUAAUUAAAUCGAGGUAACCGUUCUCCUGAACAAACUUUGAUUAUAUAGUAUGUAUUUUAAGCCUAAGAUCUCUUUGUCUUUAAGUCGUUUUACGUUUCUUAGCAUACAAAGCUGUCAUCUAAAGGAGAAAGGUAAUCGAUCAUUCAGGUAUGGAACGUGCUGUGAAGAAAGCCACAAACAACGAAAAAUCGAUCCUGGUUUAAUCACAAUGCAGCCUCCCAUGGAAUCAUAAGUCAUCGGCAUUUUGCCUGCAAAAUUGUCGAGAGCCUUGAAAACUGUGAUUCCUUAAGCGCCAAAUUGUAGAAAACAAGUACUGUUCAAGGCCUGAAUUUUUAGAAGUUAUUUCCAUGAUCGUGAUAAUUAUUCUGUAAGAAAAACUCGUGUGGUUUAAUUCGUGAAGGGCAUAGACAUUUAUCAGGACGAACGUAAAACUGCCCAUAUAACCUUCUUCUUAUUAUUUCAUCUCCGCCCUUUGACUUCCUACGACCGCACAAAUUCACUUACUCAGGUUUUCGUAGAGCAGUAUGCACAGGAUUUGAAUAACCUUAGCAAAUUGUCUCAGGAAUUUUUCGUCCCGAGUGGUGCAUUGUCUUCAAAGCAGCUAACUGUCUUGUGUAACUUUUACAACUAACAUUUUUAGAAUUUGACUUUUGUAAUUUAUAGUUAUUGCAUGUUUGUUUCAGCUAGAUAAAACAGCUAAAUGUGACGUAAAGUAAUGCCUCCUCUUGCUAACUUAGAAACGAUUUAAAAUAACCUCGGUACCCCACGAACAAAAUUUACAAACAUGUGCCAUAAUCAGACCGAUUACGUUGUUCGCGUUUCGCACAUCCCAGUUCUUAGUGUGAAUGGAGGUGAACAUGAGUAAGUUUUGCAGCUCAGAGUUUCUCUAUGUUUGUUCUUGUACCACAGCGUAAAUUGCUUUACUCGUGCAUUAGAAACUGGGCAAACUAUCGUGAUUUAGGGUGCCCCUCAACUCUUUAUAUCUUUGUGUUAUUAUUUAUUUCGAAAACAUGGUUCAACGAAAAAUGACCGAUUAAAAAAUCGAGUCUCUGCUCUUGGUUUCUAAGAACCAUAAAUUAACUGCUCACGUCUUAAAUGUCUUGAAAACCAAUUGCCACAAUUUCAAAAGUGUCUUUGGACGUUCCAAAUUAGUAGUGUCCUCGUUUACACUGAUUUCAUUCCACUGCGGACAUUUCUCUGCGGGUAGGCCCAAACAGAGCACUGGCCACGAUUUGCAAUGACAAUUUAACAUCGAUUUCGCUGAUCUUGUAAACCUAGGAAAGGCUUGUCUCAUCUUAAAUUCGGUCAGAAGUUAAGUGGAAGACUACACCAAUGAUUAGAAGAGUCAGUUCAGUCUUACCGAUGCCAGUUUAUCCUUGAUUUUAGAUUGCUUACCUGUAAGAGCUACUUGAAUUUUUUAAAGUACUUUUAAAAGUACGUAUGAAGCUAAGAGCGAAUCGCGAGAUAGCCUAAUGUCAUCGCUAAGCAAUCUUCCUUUAGUUCUGCUUAACCUUACAACUUAGCUGGAUGGACGAUUACUUUCUUAGCUUAAGGUACACUCAAGUGAUCCUCCUACCUUAUAAAUGCACCGACUUGAGACGAACUGUGGAACCCUUUGACGAGAACCAUUGACUUCGCAAAGUUUAAGUGCAUAUCCUGCAAUGCAUUGUAAUGGGAAGACCUCGAGUCGGGCGUUACAUUUUAUGUGCAAAACAUCCCAACUAUUCUAACACCAACACACCUGGACCAGAACAAGCUAUUAUUCUGUUCAAGUUUACUUCAAAACAGAACACAGCAUGACCCAAGCUUGCCAUCGGAUGACUUUAUUGUUUAAUGAUCGAUUGAUUUAUUACGGGUGCCGCAUGUUUUACAUUGCUUUACGAGCUACUGCCUGUGUUUUGUUUUUAAGUGGUCUGUAAGCUUAUUCUUAAAAUCUCAAAUGAUACUCUCUUGUCUUCUCAACGAAACCGCGACUGGUUUCAUGCCGUGGUCUAGUUGUCUUAUGAGUAUUCCGUGGAAAUCACCCUGUAUGAAAAGCUUUCUUGACAGACGCUAUGAAUGGUUGUUCUGUAUUUAAUGUGGGGCAGUGUUAUAACAUGUUUUACGUUAUCAAUCACGCUUUGCGCGGCCCUUCAGUCAGGAACAAUAGCUUCUUUGAAGAAAGAAUCGCAUUGACGAUAUUAGGAAUCUAGAGUACGAGGCGUACAUUUUGCUGCACAGCGCACAGGCAACUUGACCUUUGUACGAAUUUGUACCUUUGUAGGGAAGAGUAGAAACAUCUAUGUAGUGACAAGGCAACACUGCUUCACUUUGCGUGUACGGCGUUUGCUAAAAAGAAGCUAAAUGAUCGAGGCUUACAUCUUAUUUUACAUUAGGGGGUUUAAGCAACGACGACGUUGACGGCAACAAGAACAGCGAAAAAUCAAUACCCUUAGAUUGGCGAAACAACAACUUUCCACGUGCAUCACGCCUUUUUAUCCAUUUCUUUUCCGUCCCCGCACGUCUACAACGUGAAGGUGCCUAAUUUCACGUUUUGUCGAGGACGUGAACACAAGACAACUUUCUUUUUCUUUUCCUGAACUUUUAAUAAGCCCAAUAAAGUUUGAAGUAGCGCUAAUUCACUCAUUCAAUAACGUUUUCGUAGCCGUCACCGUCGUUGUUGCUUAAGCUCCCUGGUGUAGAAGUCAAACUUCACCUUUAUUUAGAGAUUUGUAGAAGUGGAAUGCAAGCAUAAGAUUGUUCUGUACGUUUAUUGCUGAAUAGUAGCUAGUUUUCGACAGUCGCUCAAGGUUUUUAGACUGUAGGAAUCUGGUGUCUUUAACAUGUUUCGAAUGUGAUCGUGCCUUGGCGUAGACCUUUAAAAUUGGAAAAGCUUUACUUAAUAGAUGUCGUCUAUAUUAAAGGAAACGGAAUAGCAGACGAACUACUUGUUUUAUGUUUUUAUUGGAAAUGUUCACUUAAAUGUAAAAGUGCUUUUAAUAACCACGCCUUUUUAACUGAAGCAACCGAGACGUUUCACACUGCAUUUGAAUUUUCAAUUGAAUAUUCUUUCCAUAAUUCCCUAUUUCUUCUUUCCUUUUUUAAUUGCUUUUUAGAGAACACCCUCUUAUUAUCCCAGUAACGUGAAAACUAAUGUUCAUUUCGAAAAGUCUCCUACGCUUAUAAUCUUGCUGCUUCCUGUUCUUGACUAUCUCUGUACAUUGGGGGGCUUUCCUGCGGAUGAUUUACCAUCAAAGGAAACAUCAAAUGUUUAUUACAAUUAUUAUGAUUCUUUUUUAUCUUGUCUUACCGCGAAUAUUGGGCUCAAUAAAUUUAUUGAUGGCCUUCUGGCUUAACAGACAAAAAAUAUGAUAUAUGCACCAAUAGAGGGAAACCCAAAAUGCAAUUGUCUUGGCCGUGGGCAGAAGCUUGGAUUUUUGGAAUUUUCUCGAUUUAUAGAAUUCUAUCUCCCUAAUUAACUAUCGUAAAAUUUGCGGAAAUUGCUGAAGCAAAAAGAGCGUGAUCAGCUAAAGUAUCCGGCUUAAAUAUUCAUGAUGUAAAAAAGGAUUUAAUUUUGACAUUUUUCGCCUAAAAAUUCCGCAGAUGCGACGUUAAGAUUGCCUUUCAUCUUCUGAUCAAAUAUUUGCUGUUAAUUAAGCGUCUCGUCUUUAAAUGUCGAUUAUAUUUAAGUUUGAAGUUUGUUUGCUUACUCGUCCUACCAACUAUGUUUACACGGCUUUAUUUUCCCAUAAAACAAUACAAACAGCUUGAUUUUUUUCAAAACAAGAAUAAUAUCCUUCGAAGCUGAAGCACUGAUUAAUAUCUUGGCGAUAAUUCUUCUCGCCUUUAUUUAUUUCAAUUUAAAUAGAGAAAAUAUCACAUAUCUUUUGCAUUUACGCAGUUCAUCUUGAAACGUGGUAUAAAAGAACUGUAUCUCAGUGAACCGAAAUGUAAGUUUCCAAAAAACCCCCGUGGUGAACUAGAAAUAUUAAUUAUUUUAACGCAUUUGAGUUUUGUACAUAGUGAUGACCUGCGUGAAUCAAUUUUAGAUAGCUGAUGCCUUUUUGUUCCUUUUUACAGUUCACAGGUUUGCGACAAGGCUUAUCUGCCAUGGCUUUUGAUGAUUCUGAAAUAGGCAUAAAUGAAACAUGAUUCGCGACAAUUCUUGUGACUCUUUUACGCUUUUGAAUAAUUAUAGGACUUAAAAAUAACUCCUCCAACUUCAUACAUCGGUAGGUUGUAAAUAGUUUAUUCCAAUCUGAGUUUCGUUUUAAGCGUUGUACUCAUUGCAACCUUAUUUUCAUGAGUUGUAAUAAAAUCCAAUUAGAGUUUGAAAGAUUUCAUAGUAAUCUCAAAUUAGAAUAAUUUACUGAAGGCGAUCAGCUCGAAGCCAAAAUAAAAUUUUUCCGUCUGAUAAUAAUUGCAAGCGAUUGUAGGUUGUAUCUUGCAUUUGUAUCAACGCGAUAAUAAAAAUAUCCCGAAAGUGAAGUCCUGUGUGUCGACAAACAUUCGAUGUAAAGGAGUUAAGAAAGGCGGUGAUUCCCUUUCUAUUCAUGAAAUUUAUUUCGGAAAUUACGGUUUUAUCGCUUCUAAGGGAAUAAUUCUCGCUAAGCGCUGGUUGCAGAGUAAAUACAUGACUUUCUAUAAAACAUGACACCAGGAGAAGUCUGAAUGAGUCUUACACUUCGUAAAAACGGUUUUGUUUUUAGUUGUAUUGUCUUGAGAUGAUAAGUAACCUGCUGUAGGUUAUCUGUGUAAGCGCCCUUCUAGUUUACAUUAAUGCUGACUGCGAACCAUUCAGUUAACGAUAUUGAUUUCGCUGUUUGGGGAACACAUCUUCGCCGUCUAUCAUAUAAAGUCCUCUCAAUUUCGGCGCCCACAAGCCCACGUAGUACGGCUACAGUAAAUCUGAUAUUUUCAUUUAUUUUGAUCUUAUAAAACUGUCUCGGGUAAAUAUUUGCACCUUUCAUCUUCACGCUAGUCAUUGCAAACUUGUAUGUUAAAUAUUGACUGUCAAAUCUUAUUUGCUAUUUAGUUACCGGUUGAUAAUGUAUCUCGAAAAGCCGGCUGCUUGAGCAAUCAUUUCCAAUUUUCUUACGCCACUUUACGAUAUUAUGAAUCGCAAGGAGAAUGUGGACUUUUUUUUCCCUUUCUUUCUUGCUGGUUUAAUUGUAUUCCGUCGCCUUUAUUUACACCCGCUUUCCUGUUUUUCUAUUCUCUUUAUUUAUGGCCUCAUUGUCUCUUAUGCUUUGCCAGAGCGGUGACUGAAUCUUUGCAAGUAUGGAGCGAGGAAAAAGAAAUAUCAUUUAAGAUUUCACUGCUGCUAACUUUUCACUAUGUUUGAUUUCCUAUUUAAGUUUGAGAUGCUUUGAAUGCACUAGUGUCCAGAAAAGCGGUAUUCGAAAUUCCACUCCUUGUGGCUUUUAACUUCCAAACAGUCGCAUCUUAACGGGUAAAGGCUUCACAGAACUUUGCGGGCUGCGCGGUUACGUUCAGUCUUCGGCCUCAACAGAAUCCCGUUGAUUUUACUGCGAUACACUGAACGCAAUAACAGUCGGUAACUUCUACUUCACUAGAAUUUGCUUGGCAAAAUUAAUAUCGCGUGAUUACUUAGGUUACAAGUAAACAUCAAAGCGGGCAAAUCAAGGGAUUUGUUUGACCGCGAUCAAGCGAUGUUUAUUGUCUAUUUUACGCUUGGAUCAGUCGAAAGUUCAGUCUACCCUGACUAAACGGUAUGUGAACUAAAAGAAAGCGCUCUUGUGUAAAUUCAAUAAAGAAUAGCAAGCAUGUCUGAGUGUGAGUACUUUUAAUUUUCUGUGGUUAGUCUAAACUUAGAAUCUUGGCGACAGAGGCGCACUGGAGUAGUUCUAUCAGCAUCGUCUUAGUA